GGAGGAGUCUGAGGCGGCGGCGGGCCCGGACGCGAACGCCCGGAGGUGGCGGACGAGGUGCCGGGGCCCCCAUGGGCGGGUGUGUAGGCGCCCAGCACGACUCCUCGGGCAGCCUCAACGAGAACUCGGAGGGCACCGGAGUUGCUUUAGGUCGUAACCAGCCUUUGAAAAAGGAGAAACCAAAAUGGAAAAGCGAUUAUCCUAUGACAGAUGGACAGCUGCGCAGCAAGAGGGAUGAGUUUUGGGAUACUGCACCAGCAUUUGAAGGCCGAAAAGAGAUAUGGGAUGCAUUAAAGGCUGCGGCACAUGCUUUCGAGAACAAUGAUCACGAACUGGCACAAGCAAUCAUUGAUGGUGCAAACAUAACAUUACCACAUGGUGCACUGACUGAGUGCUAUGAUGAAUUGGGAAACAGGUACCAACUUCCAGUCUAUUGCUUGGCACCACCAAUCAACAUGAUAGAGGAAAAGAGUGACAUAGAGACUCUGGAUAUUCCUGAGCCACCACCUAAUUCUGGAUAUGAAUGUCAGCUCCGUUUGCGCCUUUCCACAGGCAAAGACCUCAAACUUGUGGUUCGAAGCACAGACACAGUGUAUCACAUGAAGAGGAGGUUGCACGCCACAGAAGGGGUAGAGCCAAGCAGUCAGCGAUGGUUCUUUUCUGGCAGACCACUCACUGACAAAAUGAAGUUGGAAGAGCUGAAGAUCCCAAAAGACUAUGUUGUGCAGGUUAUCAUCAGCCAACCUUUGCAAAACCCAACACCAGUUGAGAACUGAACUGAUUCUGUUGGCUGGUCCCCAGAUCAUUCCUACUCCUUUAUAUUGUUGCUUUCAUCGUUUCCUACUCUAUGGCGUGAAAUUUACUUUCACUGCUCUGAAUUCCCUGUGAAUGGAUUUAGUUCUGAGGAAUUACUAGUGAAAAAUUCCAUCUGUGAUGGAGACCAACAAAAAUAAUUAAUAAAACACAAAGAGCCAGCCUUUGAGACUCAUGUAAUUACAAUUUCUAAUUUGAGAGGCAGUUAAGAAAUAGAUGACCAUUUAUGUUAAAACACCCAACAACUGUGUGAUGGCGGUAUUUAGAUGAUUUGGACUGUAAAUAGAACGUUGCAUCCAUGAAGAACAGCACCAAGCACCUUUUGAAUACAGAAUUAAAAAAAUAAAUUGACUAUAAUUCUCAAAAAUUAUAAGUCAUAAAAUUGAGCUUUUAAAA